AGCUUGGGUAUGCCGCCAUGAGUGCACAUGGUGCCCACAAGUCCGCUGCACGAGUCGAGGAGUGUUGUUGAUUGCUACGUGAGUAGGCGCAGGGAGCAAGGUGAACGGAACACGACUUGACAGCGCAAUGCGGCGUAGAUUCAUCCAGGAUUGUGAACGCGGGUCAUGAAACGAUGACUGAACGCGGACCAUCCGGUUAUGCCGUUUUCCCUCCUUCACUGGCAGAGACUCCGCACUCAAGGUUCUGCCACAAGUCUAGCCAAUGAGGUCGACGUGUAACGUGCGUCCCGGUUGGAGACUUAUUCACAUUGCAAUAGUGGCAAGACUUUCAUCUCAGAUAUGUUCCACGAGGAGCCGGAUCAAGAAGGGGCAGGCGCGCAGCCUUGUUGGUGUCUGGUGGAGGAUCGCAUAGAGAUAGCGCCUCUGGUGCUGUCCCAGGUGGGUAUAUGCGUUGACUUCUGGACAGAUAUGCAGCAGACAAUGCUGCCGGGGCCGCAUAUAGCUUGCCAUGACGCACGCACGAGUCAUUUCCAUCUACGACCUUCUGGCGAUCCCCUCAUAUGCAGCUUGCUAUAUCUGUCUAUCGUAGGCCACAACGGCCAUGGCCUCAUGCACAGACGAUGCCACAACUGCGCACGGACGUCCAUCCUUUUUAGGCUAUCGACCGAGUAUCUCACGAUUUCAGUGGGCGCUGUUUGCCUGUGGCGGGAUCGUGUCAAUGCGGUGGAAUACGGCCGCCCUACGUGCGCAUUGCAUUUUCUGCCAGAGAGGAAUUUGUCCUGCCACACAAGCUAUACGCAAUAGGCGAACGUGCGUAGAGUUCACUGCGCUGGCCAAAACAUCGCACCUCGGUAGUAGCACAAGUUGGGGCACGACGCUCUUCUCGUUUGACGACUGCCAACCGAGACGACGACGGCAACG